GCCGGGAGACGCGGACGUCUUCCACCCGUGGGGGCAACCCAGGGACAACAGACUUCGCUGCUACGCCCAUGUCACCGUCUGCUCGCUCUUAACAGCAGUCACCGCUCGUCUCAGCGCUCCUGCCAACUUCAAGUCUGUGAGUGCCCUGCUCUCCCGCACUCUACUUACAUACUGCGCUCGGAGGCGGCGGUCGGGUUUCACCUUUCCCUCUCCCCGUGUUCGUUCCAGAACACUAACUGCUUUUGUUCGCAGGUGCUGAGUUGGUGCUUGCAUCAACGGACCAGCCCGCACUCACCAUUCCUUUCGGAUCACACUCGUUCAAAAACAAGCAGCGCCCCAUCGCGCGCACUCGCGAGGUCUACCUCCUUCCCCUAACGAUUGCUCAUGUUCACGCCCCCGCCCUCGCCCGACCCGCCCCGCACGCAUCGUGGCCACCAUGAAGCCAGAUCCGCACGUCCGUUCGAUAUCCCGGCGGAGCCCUACCUAGCCGUCACGCGAUCGAGCUCCCCGGCGACGUCGUCUUCCCGCUCCAGCAGCCCGUCCCCGACCCCCGCCUCCUCAUGUAUGACCACGCACGACCGUGCAGGCGCCGUGACCUUCGAGAAGCUGCACGCCCGUGUCGACGAAGCGCAGCUCCGCGCGCUCAUGAAGAAACGUCGCAACGCACGAAGAUUGAAGUUCUCUAUUCUGUUCGUGCCUGUCGCCCUUAUUGUCAUCACCUUGUCUACGCGAUACAUGGCGCACCCUGCCGUGCUCGACAUGCUCUCUCCAGACGGGCCCGCGCAAGGAUGGCACGUGCUUGCGGCGUCGGUACUCGACUGGCAGGGCACCGUCCACGAGGGUCACGACAAGCGGGAGGUAGAGUAUGAGCUGGAUCUGGGGGCUCGCUCGGUAACAGCGAGCACGACCUCGUUACGUUCCCAGUCUGACAGUGCAUCCACUGUCUCUGCCUCAGCCACCGCGACGUCCAUCAUGACCGCCUCCGUGACGGGUUCCGGUUCGAGCGCAGCGCCGACGGCGACCACCGACAACUGGGCGGUACCGACCAUACCCUCGGAAUCGCCUGCGCUCCCGACGCCCUUCCCGCAGCCGUUCGACUCGACGGGGAUCACGACGAACUUCUCGACGGAUGGCUGCCGCGAGUUCUUCUUGAACAUGACGCAGACGGCGCCGUUCCGCGAGUGCAGGCCCUUCUCGAUGCUUGUGCAGCACUCGAGUGCGUUCUUCGAGGCGCAGUCCAACCUCACGGAGUUGAACAGCAUCAUCUGGGGUACGUGCAACACGGACCUCAGCGUGGACCAGUGCGACGCGAAUAUCGCCUGGUUUGCGGAUGCCCUCCAGGACGCGUGCGCGACGGACCUGGAAGCCAACAACGAAGUCGCCGCGAGCAGUCUCCUCGGCCUGCAAGCCUACUCGCUCCUGCGUGAGACCGCGUGCCUCGCCUCUUCCACAAACGCGUACUGCUACUUGACCGCGUUCGGCGCCGGCGCGCACCCCGCGGACGCGUACUACUACACGCUCCCGCUGGGGGCCUCGCUCCCGAACGCGAGCGAUCCAAGUUGCUCCACUUGCACACAGGGCGUCAUGGCGGAGUACGUUACCCAUGGGCUGAACACGAGCGGCCUGCAGGAGACGUAUGCGGCCGCGGCCGUGCUGACGAACCAUGUAUGUGGCACGGGGUUCGUGCAGGAGAUGGAGGUGAAAAGCAAUGCGGCGGGGCGGGCGCGGAGCGGAGGGGAAAGGUGGUGGACGGCCGUCGGCAUCAGUGUUUGUGUGGUGAGUGCGAUGGUUGGGGUGAGUGGUGUGUGGUAGGGUAGGGGUGAGCGA